AUGGUCUACCUAAUGAGAUACCAAGAGCAUGUCGGGACCAGGAACAUGGAAGAGCAUAGGAUGUUGAAUGGUUUGUCAUACUACUAUAGAGUUAUUGGCGAGAGAUUGAAGGAAGAGUUGUAUCUCACUAAGAAAGCGCAGCUGGAAAGAGCUACAUUAGAAGCAGAUAUUCAUGAGUUAGCUUGUAACAAUGAAAAAACAGCCAACAAAUCAAGUGGCAAUGCUCUAGAAACUGCCAACAUGAGUCGUCAAACACCUAUGCCAACCCUCAACAAUGAGAAGGACCAAGGACAACCUUCAACUGUAAUUCCACAGCCAGAAGGAGAAGAAGGAAAUAAGUCAGAUGCCGACAGUGGGUUCAUUGAUUCUAAAAAUGAAGUGAGCGACGACGAGUUUGAUAUAGAUGAUUUAGCUGGUGGAGGGGGAAAUCAUCAUUUUCCCAUUGAUGAUGUGCUUCCUGAAGAUGUUGACACUUAUUGUGUUGAUUCGGACUAA